AUGGCUUUCUUCAUCUUCUUUGCACGCAUUUAUUGUUAUUAUCUUCAACAUCAAAGACCACAUGAGGAGAGACAAAUAAGAUUCUCAACUAUUGAUGAAUGGUACAAAAGAGGACCAUCUGAAAAACUUGCAUCAAAGUUCAGAAAGGGAGCAUGUGAGAAUUGUGGUGCAAUGACACAUAAACUGAAAGAAUGCUUCGAAAGACCACGUAAAUUAGGUGCUAAAUGGACAGGUGAAGAUAUUGCACCUGAUGAAUACCUUCAGCCGAACUUGACGUUAAAAUGGGACGCGAAACGAGAUAGAUGGAACGGUUAUGAUCCGCAGACACAUCAUCAAGUUGUGGAAGAGUACGAGAAACUCGAACAGACCAGAAAAAUGCUACGUGAAGAAAAGAUGAAAGAAGGCAUAUUGGAUGAGGAGGAUGAACAGCAAACGAAGGCGGAAGAAGCACCAAUACAACAUCCACAAGCAGAUGAAGACAUGUAUGCGGAUGACGCUGAUAUGGCCGGUGUUACGGUUGAUAUGGAUUCACGAACCAGAAUCACUGUCAGAAAU